UCUUUUUAAUGACCUGAAGCGGAGUGUCUCAGCGCUUUGGGGGAUUUCUGUCGCAGUUAAAAUCUAAGGAUACUGUACUUUUUUUUUGGCAGCGAUUUCAUUGAGAAAUUCAAUUAUAUGAAAGACGUAUCGGUUCAGACAUGAAGCACAUUUUUCUCUUUUUAAUCCUGCCCUUAUACGGUGUUUGUUACGUGGAGGCAGUAAGAACCAGAAAAACGACAGAGUCUGAUGUAGUCUGUACUUUCAAAGAAAAGGAAUACCGUCCCGGAGACAGCUGGCAUCCGUAUCUUGAGCCCUUCGGAUUAAUGUUUUGUAUGCGAUGUGUCUGCACAGAGACUGGCCAUGUGAAAUGUAACACCAUUAAGUGCCCUGUCGUUAGGUGUGAACAUCCCAUAACUGAAUCUCAACAGUGCUGCCCCCGUUGCGCAGACGAGCGUAGGACUCCUGCGGGCUUAAGGGCUCCUGUCAAGACGUGCCGUUAUAACGGGAGCCAGUACCAAACUGGGGAGACCUUUGCCAAUUAUGACCUCUUCCCAUCCCGGCAAACGAAUCAGUGCGUCAUGUGUACCUGCUCUGAUGGAAAUAUCUUCUGUGCGCUGAAGACUUGUUUACCACUAACGUGUUCUACUCCGGUCCCGGUGCCUGAUACCUGUUGUCUUAUGUGCAAUGAUUCUUCCAGUACUGCAAAUUCUGCUUCAGCAGAGGAAGGAGGACAGCAAUUGAAUCGAGGAGUUGUAUGUGCUCUGUUAAACAAGAAAAAGAGGCAUUCCCAAGACCACUGUGCUGGAGAACAGCAGCCGAAAGGCAAGUCUGUCCGGGCCACUCCGUCCACAGCGCGGGGCUCACCGAGGGCUGCAGGCCUCCAGAGCCUCCGGCUGAAAGGGGUUGCGGGGACCACCGUGAAGAUCCUCCUACAGAAGAACCAGCAGAAGGCUUGCGUGUACAGUGGCAGGACUUACUCCCACGGGGACGUGUGGCAUCCAGUGCUGGGGAAAGUGCUGGAAUGCAUUGUGUGCACCUGCAGGGAUGGUGUGCAGGAGUGUAAACGCAUCACGUGCCCCAACCAGUAUCCCUGCCAGCACCCCGAGAAGGCCGAGGGCAAGUGCUGCAAGACAUGUCCAGAACUGAAAGCCGAAUCAAACAGGACACAGUGCGGCCUUGGGCAGAACAGUAACAGCCUGUUAGUUUACAAAGUCGAGCCGUCUUCAGAGGCUGAUACACAGGACACAAUCAGGGUCAUUGCAGUCGAAAAGCAAGGAGCAAAUGUGAUUGAAGUACACGUGUGGAAAACUGUAGAAGGAGUUUUGCACCUGGCUGAAACAUGGGAUCUCCAGAAGAAGGAUCUUGCUGAGCACCCAGAGAACUAUGUUCUAUUGACUACAGUAGAUGAGGAGAGCUGGGCAAAAUUCAAGGAGAAUGAGAAGAAGAGAAAGGAAUUCCUCAAAACUCAGAUCUGUGAGGGGGGAGUCAAAGAACUGCUCAAAUUCCUGAACCCUGAGCGGCUGGACAGCCAGUGUAGUCCUUAAUACCUCUUUAGUUCCUGGUCUUCCUGACUUUCCCAGCGAUACGCAGACGUUAAGACUGCACACCUUAGAGCGUCCUUUUGAAGAGAUUUUUUUUUUCAUUUAUGGGCAUCUUUCGGCAAGCUAUGACUGCAUGCCAUUUUUUUCUUUGCUCGCCAUUUUAAUCCAGCAGGACAUCGUCUAAGAGACUGGACCUCCUGAAACUUUGCUAUGAAAACUUUCAUUUCCAAAAGCUGUUAUGUAAAAAUUUGUAUACGCGCGUCUGUCAACAUGGAGAUUAUUUGCGCUAGUAGCUCAGAAAUUGAUAAAUAUAAAUGAAUUUAACACAUUAGCAUUAACAUUUUGAGCUAGAAGGCGAAUGGGGUACAGAACUGAAAAGUGUUUGGGUUGAAGGUGAUGACUGACAUGGAAGAAUAAUUGAGUGAUAUAACUGAUUUGAUGGAACUGUCCAUUAAUAAUAGAUGAUUUUGGCCAUGCUGUAGAAACCACUGUGUGCUAUUCCAGAAAGCUGCAAGUUUUUUAUGAUAAACCAACAGAGCAAACUGAACUGCUUUCCUGGCCAGGAUACUUUCAUAAAGUUGAUGUAGGCCACGUUUUGUUAACUUUGAUGUCAUCCUUGGUAAAUACAUUUGUAUGGAGUAGUUUCAUUUCCAGUAUGUACCAUGAAAUAAAAAGCCUAUUUAUUGUAAAUACAAAUGAAAACAAUGUAAUUGUCAGGCAUGAAAAGUGUGGUCUGUUUUGAGUUCAUGUUUAUGCAGUAUAUGGACAAAAGUAUGUGGACAGCAGCUUGUCCAACAUCUCACUCUGAAUCAAAGGGUAUUAAUAUGAAGCCGGCUAACCCUCAGUUGCUAUAAUAGCCUGUACUCUUCUGGGAAGGUUUUCCAUUAGAUGCUGGAACAUUGCUGGUGGGAUUUGCUGCCAUUCAGGUUGGGUAUUGAUGAUGAUCAGGUCCCUCUCUGUGAGCUUGUGUGGCCGCCACUUUGCAGCUGAACUUGCUCCCAGAUGUUUCCAUUUCACAAUCACUUCAGUCGCCAUUGACUAGGGCAGCUCUGGCAGGACAGAAAUGUGGAGAUCCGACUUGCUGGAAAGGUGUCCAAUGACGGUCCUCGGCUGACUAACCUCUUCAGUAUGACCACCCAAUCUGCUGCCAUUGUUUGAUACUGGAAAUUGCAUGGCUGUGUGCUUAAUUAUACACCUGUAUGUCAGCAAUGGCUGUGACUUAUGGGGCCAGUUACUGUAAUUACUGUGGGUAUCCUAAUACUUUUGUCCAUAUAUUGUGGUAUAUGUAUUAUAUACAAAUGUGAAUUAUUGAUCGUCUCUCUGUGUAUUCAUGUGUGUACAGUUAUAGGAUUUAUAAACAUUUUUAUUCUUAUAUUCAUGUGUCCAGUGGGCACUACCAAAACUAAUUUUAAAGAAUGUUAUCAAAAACAGACUAAUGUCUUUGUGUCAGUUCAUGAUAAUUAAAAAAAUGUUCAAAUAUUUUAAAA